CUGCGAUUUGAUGGAUUUCUUUCCUUUUGUAACCCAACCCCCCAGCAUCACCUGCUGGUGUAUCCAUCUUCUAUCUAUUCUACUCUCAUUGCUUCUCUUUUAACCUUCGACUACUCUAUUAUUCUGUGUAUCUUCCAUCCCGUAUAUACUCUACGAACCCGCAUCGCCUCCCUUGGGCUGCGUCCAUUCAUUCUUUCGAUUUCAGCACUUUUGCGACUGCUACCGUCAACAAUAUCAUAAAUGGGGAUCUGCGCUUCUUGUUUGGGUCAGGGUCGCCGGGACCACAAUGAUUACGAAUCCACCCGCCUCUUAGACGAUGACAUUUACCAAUCCGGCUACGGCUACGGCGCCCUCAACCAUGCGAAUCAAACGAACCACCCGGAUCCAGAGUCCAUCAAGCGCGAACGAGAAGCUCUCGAAGCCAUCUGCCAGCGGACCUCCGAAUCCGUCAUCGACAUCUGGUCCCUCCAACCCCAACCUCACCUCCAACCCCGCGCAACCCUGCCUCGCUCGAAUUCAGGAUCCCGAGAAGGCACCGCAGAUGACCCGCCCGUCGUUGUAACCGCGCCCUCCACUGCGUCAUCGAAUACCGCUUCCGAUAAUGGCACGGGUACUGUACCGAAACACUGGGGCGAGGUCGUUAUCAAUCCGAGAAAGGAUCGCGGAGCAAAAGCGGGUGGGAAGAAUGGGCGUGAUGUUUUUGGUGUUUUGCAGGUUUCGUGAGGGCCGUCGCAAAUAUCUCUGGUGGACUCCAGGUGCCUUGAUACUGAGUGACGACCCUACAUGAUAGGUCUUCUGACCUCAGUUCGCAUCGGUUUAUUGGCAUAUCUGAAAGUUCCUUUCGUUCGUUUCGGGUCGCCGGUCGACAGGUCUCUUUCUUCUUUCAUUUUUCUCCUUUGCAGCGAUGUCAUAAUACCCCCUUUCCCUUCUACAUUUUUUGGCCUUGGGCACAUUUAUUUCCUUGUGUUUGUGUUUUCGCAUGUGCGUCUCUUACGUUUUCUUUCUGUUGUCAGACUGCAUCCUUCGCUAUUCUUUUCAUUAUUUGUUCUGAGUGGGCGCCAGACCAUUUGCAUUGCGCAUUAGAUAGAGU